GAGAAAUCGGCCGAGGUGUUCCGAGUGCCGGAGACUGAUGGUGAAGCCUGAUUGCUGGUUAUAACUUGACCUACUAGAUGAAUCCCUGACAGCUGAUAAGAAUCCCCGGCUGUACAUGUCUAAGACAGGCCAACACACAUAGCUGAAAACGCCAUGUCAUCUCGAGGUGACCUUGUUUACCAGUUUGUGAACUGUCGUCUGUUACGUAAUCACCAGCUGGUUGAGGACGAUCUCUGGGUUAGGGCUGGAAAAAUCAUCAACCCUGAAAAACUAUUUUUUGAGGAGAAAGUUGCAGCUGAUGAACAGAUAGAUUGUGGUGGAAUGAUUAUCUCCCCUGGAUUUAUAGACGUACAGAUCAAUGGAGCAUUUGGUGUGGACUUCUCUGCGGAUGUGACUGAUAUUGAGAAGGGAGUCGGAAAGGUAGCCAAAGGUUUACUGGAGCAUGGGGUUACUUCCUUCUGUCCGACACUGGUCACCUGCUCGAGACAAACAUAUUCUGAGAUAUUACCAGGAAUUAAGAAAAGCAAUGGUGGAAGAAGCGGUGCUGGAGUUUUAGGGUUACAUCUUGAGGGGCCAUUUAUCAACAAGGAGAAGAAAGGCGCUCAUAAUGAAUCAUUCAUCCGAGAAUUCACCAAUGGAUUUUCUGAUGUGCUGGAGAUGUAUGGUACCCUGGAUAACACAGUUAUCGUCACUCUGGCUCCCGAGCAUGAAAGGUCAGAAGAGGUCAUCAAGGAACUCGUCCACAGAGGAAUCGUUGUGUCUGUUGGUCAUUCCACUUCUAACCUGAUCCAGGGGGAGACGGCUGUAGGUAACGGUGCAUCCUUCAUCACACACCUGUUUAACGCCAUGUUACCGUUUCACCAUCGUGACCCUCACCUGAUAGGAUUACUGACCAGCAAGAUGAUUCCUUCGGACAAGAAGGUUUACUAUGGCCUCAUUGCUGAUGGGAUCCACACUCAUCCUGCUGCCCUAAGGAUCGCACACAGGGUCGAUCCUAAAGGCCUAGUCCUCGUGACAGACGCUAUACCAGCUAUGGGGCUCUUAGCUGGUAAACAUCAAAUUGGAUCACAGACAGUGGAAAUCAAAGGAAAACGUGCGGUAAUAGCAGGAACCAAUACCCUGUGUGGAAGCAUUGUGACCAUGGAUAAGUGUGUUCGACAUUUAGCAAAAGCAACAGAUUGCGGUAAGGUCUUGGCUUUGGAAUCAGCUUCCCUACACCCAGCUCAGCUUCUUGGAAUAACUAACAGGAAAGGGACUUUAGGCUACAAUAGUGAUGCUGACUUUAUCCUGGUGGAUGAUAUGUUAAAUAUUAAAUCAACAUACAUAGCUGGGGAACUUGUGUGGAAAAGUAAUGACACAGAGACUUGAAGGUUUUACCAGUAAAAACAUAUGUAUUUCUCGUAUCAUUAGAAACUUUUUAUUGUUUUACCAGUAAAAACUUAUGUAUUUCUCGUAUCAUUGGAAACAUUUUAUUGUUUUACCAGUAAAAACUUAUGUAUUCCCCGUAUCAUUGGAAAUAGUAAAAAGUUAUGUAUUUCUCGUAUCAUUAGAAACUUUUUAUUGGUUAUGACGAUAAUUCUGCCAUGUGUAUUACGGUAUAUUGUGUUACGGGAAGGUGAUUAUAAAUAUCAUUGAUAGCCAUAUUUUAAUUGUGGAAUUUAUUGCGGUAUUAUGUUAAUGAGGAGUAAGUCAUAUGUGAGUUAUAUUUAUAUUUAAUUGGUGACAUUUUAACACGUACAUGUAGAUCUGGUUGUUUAUGUAUGGUUUGUUACCAUGACAUCAGUUAUGUCAAUCACAAGCUCUCCCCUAAAUAAAACAUGGGACCAGCAUUUCUCCUAAGAAGCUACAAUGUAUAAAUGGUAAAUAUUUCCCAAAAGAAGCUACGAUGUAUAUUUGGUAAUAUUUCCCCGAAGAAGCUACGAUGUAUAAUUGGUAAUAUUUCCCCCAAGAAGCUACGAUGUAUGAAUGGUAAUAUUUCCCUUAAAAGCUACGAUGUAUAAUUGGUAUUAUUUCCUCUAAGAAGCUAGGAUAUAUAACUUGUAGUAUUUGUGUGGUAUUAAUUUAGCUAUAAUUGCGGUUAAAAUGUUAUAAAUACUGAUUAUUUAUACAUACAGAUGUACAGAAGUGUUUUCUACAGAAUGUUUACAAGGUGGUAUUACAUGGAAUAUAAUACCCAUGAACUACUCUGACAACCAAAUGGAAUUUAACAUCCCUGUUUUAGUAAAUGAUCAGGCUGCUGUUUGUCUACUCGCCAUUCCUCAUAACAAUUUUGUCAUAUUUGUUCCCAGCACUAGCGAUUCCAGGGGGGGGGGGGGGGGGGGUCCUGGGUGUCCUGGCGCUUUGCCCCCUGGAACCCCCUGCCAGGGCGCUGCCCUGGACCCGCUGGGGGCCUUGGACCCUCGCCAAAAAAAAAAUUAAAUAAUAAAAUAAUUGGCACUUUUCCGGCACGUGUCACUAGCUUAUUACAAUAUCUACCAAACUGGAGAACAUUGGCUGUACUCGUCCGAUCUGAUCGUGAUGUCAUGAUAUGGAAAGUGACAUUAAAUCAUGAAUAUGAAAUGGCACAUCAAAAUGGCGGCUUUUUGAUUUUGUCCUCCAAAUAAUACAGUUAACAUGUUAUUUAUGGAAUGAAGACUCAUUUUAAGAUGAGUUUCUAGCCACUGAGGCACCAAAUGAUAGUAAUGUGUCUGUCGUUGACUAAUAAACAGUUUGAUAUUA